AUGGCCGCGCCCGCGGGGGCCGGGGCGGAGACGGCGACCCUGGACCGCCGGCGCUGCCUGUGGUCGGUGCUGGCGGCGGCGCUCGGGCUGUUGACUGCUGGCGUGUCAGCCUUGGAGGUGUACACCCCGAAAGAAAUCUACGUGGCAAACGGGACACAAGGGAAGCUGCCGUGCAAGUUCAAGUCUUCGAACACCACCAGCCGGCUGACCACCAUCUCCUGGAGCUUCCAGCCGGAGGGAUCCCACACCACCGUGUCGUUUUUCCACUACUCCCAAGGGCAAGUGUACAUCGGGGACUACCCGCCGUUCAAGGACAGGAUCACCUGGGCUGGAGACCUCGACAAGAAAGACGCAUCGAUCAACAUAGAAAACAUACAGUUUAUCCAUAACGGCACCUACAUCUGUGACGUCAAAAACCCGCCCGACAUCGUCGUGUACCCGGGAUACAUCCGCCUCUAUGUGGUAGAGAAAGAGGCGUUGCCCAUGUUUCCGGUGUGGGUGGUGGUGGGGAUAGUGACGGCUGUGGUUGUGGGUCUCACCCUCCUCAUCAGCAUGAUCCUGGCUGUCCUCUACAGAAGGAGAAGCUCGAAGCCGGAGUACGCCGGCUGCAGCACCUCAGAAAGUGUGUCACCGGUUAAGCAGGCUCCACGGAAGUUCCCCUCCGCCACAGAGGGCCUAGUAAAGAGCCUGCCUUCUGGAUCUCACCAGGGCCCAGUCAUAUACGCGCAGCUAGACCACUCCGGCGGACAUCACAGUGACAAGAUCAACAAGUCAGAGUCUGUGGUGUACGCGGACAUCCGGAAAAAUUAA